AUGGACCGCCUGCCCGGCAUAGUGCCCGAGGUCAUCGACACGGAGGUCCUGGUGGUGUCGAUCCUGCUCCACGAUAUGGGGCUGGCCAACACGAGCAUCGUCUUAGACGACACCCGCUUCGAAGUCGAUGGUGUCGACAUCGCCCUCAUCGUGCUGCACACCACGCCCUCGAUCAUGGUGCACAAGCGGCCCCAAGGUGGCGCUGGCGGCCGCGGUCAUCACCGCCGACUUCUACGGCACCCUACAUGUCGCCAGGGCCCGCCGCCGAGCCCGGUCUGCUUCUGGGGGUGGGCGGGUACCUCCAGGUUGCGCGCGCGUCCCGCGGCCGGGCUUCAGGGACAUGUUUCGUGGAGCGGAGCUGCGCCCUCUGCCGGCAGAAGGAGAUGGCGUGGGACAAUGGGAUGGGCGAAUUCGGCGUCGCGUUUUGGCUCACCGGCGACGGCGCCGGGGAGGGAGGUGUUUGCAGCCGAGUUGUGGGUGUGGCGCCACGGCCUGGCGGCGUUGAUGAUGGGCCUCGAAAGCCUUAAAUCGCAGGACGGCAUGGCAGCUGGAGGUGCCUGGGACAAAUCGAGGGCACGGUUUGGUUUGGCUUAUGGUAUCGUCGAUGGUUAUACCUAA